AAAUCCUAAAACUUCUCCAUCUCCCUCUCCUACAAGCCUACUCACGCACCCCUCCCCCUCCAGACACUCCUCCUCUCGACGCCGGCCGCCCCAACAAUUACUCACACCACGCCUCCCCCUCAGUCACUUCUCCUCUCGACGCCGGCUGCCGCAACAAUUUACUUCUCAAGUCGUCAGUCGCAACCACGCCUUCGGAUUUCACUUCUCUUUGACGCAAUUUCUUGAGGUGAACUUUAUGCUUUUUACGGUUCAUAUGUAGUAGCUGCUUUUAGUUUGGAGAAAGAAGGAAAGCGAGAUAAUUGCAUUUUUAGUAGUUUUCUAACUUAUGCACCAAAGUGAUUUGGAACCGAAUCGUACAUAAAAGUAAUGAAAAAACAAAUAUGAGGAUAGAUUCGAGUUGCACGUUUAGUUUGUGGAAGGACAUAGCCACAGCUUUUUCCCCUUUCUUUUUCUUCUGGGAGAACGGUAUUUUGAAAGUGUGAAGGGGGGAGAAGGUGUUUUUUUGGCGUGAUAAGUGGAUUGCCGAUUAAUCCCUCAAACACUUAAUUUCUGAUGUGUUUAAAAUUUUGAUUGUCAAAGACAGCGUAUAAGAGUUAUGGAAAGGGAUGAUAAUAUGGAGCCUUGUAUUACCUCACAAAGGGAUAGUAAUUUGAAAGCUGGAUAAGUCUAGCUUGUUUUCAGUCAAGUCAAGUCUGCUUUGGUUGCUAUCUUAGAGAAGAUGAGUGCUUGAAGAUAUGUUCUUUCACAUCCGGGAUGGUGCCAUUCAAAAGAGUAAAAUUUUUCCGGUGGACCAUGGCCUUAAAAUUAACUCUAUGGAUAAGGUUCAAGGGAGAUUUUCCUGCUUGUGCAUCCCCCCCAAUAUUUGUGUCAUGUGCUGUAAAAGUGGAAUCUCUCACAAUUGCUGCUACACUGUGAACAAUUAGUGUAAAGCUUCAAGGGACAAUGAUCAGAGGCCAUGCCGGUGUUGUAAAACCUAAUGUUUCCUUCAUGUUAUUUGAGAUGUCUACUCUUGAAUGUCACAACUUCAAAUUUACUGCCACACCAACAUUUCUAACGUCUUGUAUCCAUGAGAAAAGGAGGUGUUUGACUACACAGCUACAAUAUUCUCAUGGUGAUAGGAGAACAGUCUUCAAAUCUCUGCAUUCAACUAUUUCAUCAAAGCCUUACAGCUCUAAAGUGGGUAGAAAAGGAGGUAGUAGUGGUUCAUCAUUAUAUAGUCGCCCUAGUUUAGUCGAGAUGAAGAAUGUGAGGCUUGAAAACCGUUCAAAGGUUUAUGAGUUCUUGCGUGGAAUUGGUGUUGUUCCUGAUGAACUUGAUGGACUGGAGCUUCCUGUAACAGUCGAUGUUAUGAAGGAACGUGUUGAUUUUCUUCUCAAAUUGGGACUUACAAUCGAAGAUAUAAAUAACUACCCUCUCGUCCUUGGCUGCAGUGUUAAGAAAAAUAUGAUACCGGUACUUGAUUACCUUGGUAAAUUAGGCGUUAGGAAAUCUACUUUCACUGAGUUCUUAAAAAGGUAUCCGCAAGUACUCCAUUCCAGUGUUGUUGUCGACCUUGCUCCAGUUGUCAAGUAUCUUCAAGGCAUGGAUAUUAAGCCAAACGAUAUCCCUCGUGUUCUCGAGAGAUAUCCAGAAGUAUUGGGGUUUAAGCUCGAGGGAACCAUGAGUACUUCGGUGGCGUAUUUGGUAGGCAUUGGAGUUGCAAGAAGGGAAAUUGGAGGGAUUUUAACCAAAUACCCAGAGAUUUUGGGAAUGCGGGUUGCUCGAGUAAUCAAGCCUUUUGUCGAGUAUCUUGAAGGUUUGGGUAUUCCAAGGUUAGCAGUGGCUAGGUUAAUAGAGAAGCGACCACACAUUCUGGGGUUUGGAUUGGAAAAAAAAGUCAAGCCCAAUAUUCAAUUGCUUUUAGAGUUCAAAGUAAGAGAAGCGUACCUUCCUUCUAUAGUAGCACAAUAUGCUGAGAUAAUAGGAAUGGACCUAGAAGCUAAUCUUCAAACUCAGAGAAAUUUGCUAAAAUCAUUAAUUGAAUUGGACAACGAUAACUUCGGCACCAUCAUCGAAAAGAUGCCACAAAUCGUUAGCCUCAGCCGUUCAGCUGUGAUAAACCAUGUAGAUUUCUUAAAAACUUGUGGUUUUUCUUUGCUUCAAGUAAAGAACAUGGUUAUAGGAUGUCCCCAAUUGCUUGCUUUGAAUAUUGACAUAAUGAAACACAGCUUUGAGUUCUUCCAAAUGGAAAUGGGAAGGCCUUUAGAAGACUUGGCCACUUUUCCUGCAUUCUUUACUUAUGGUUUAGAAUCCACAAUAAAGCCCAGACAUAGGAAAGUUGUACAGAAGGGAAUUAGUUGUUCACUUUCAUGGCUUCUCAAUUGUGCUGAUGAAAAGUUUGUGGAAAGGAUGAGUUAUGAUACUAUAGAUAUGGAGGAGAUGGAAACUACGCCAACAUUCGAUAUGAAUUCUCUUGUACAACCUCGAAAUGACGAAUCGGAUUCUGAGUAUGAAGAGGAUAGUGAGGAGGAGACUUGACAGGCUAUUUUGUGUUGGUUUCCUUGGCUGGAAGGGUAGUGGCUAUCAUCAUUAGAGCGUGGAACACCUUGUGAAAGGCAGUACCUCCUGUUUUGUUCAACCAUAUUAAAUUUGUGUACAGUUUCUUUUAUCUCUUUUACUUUUAACUUUUGCCACAUGUAUCCGUCCCUAUUGAUAUCUCAUUCUAAUUAAUACUUUUGUGUGCUAAUUAAAAUAUCUAUAAAAUUCAGUUUUUUAGAAA